CUCUCGAAUGAAUCUCGAACUCGAACUCGACAGGCAACAUGGCGGAGACGUCACCACAGGGAUUUAAGACGAAGUUGGACCGGUUCGAAGUUACUUUUUCGUACGACAAAGUGUUCCGUUGGAACCUGCAUUUCGCUCCUGCUAUUCUCAGUGUGUUACCUGCCACCAUGGCCUCCGACGGUUCGAACUGCGAGGAUGUGUUUGUGGUCAUCGAGACGCCUCGAGAUUUCUGUGUGGUGGAAGAGGAUUCUGUUAUCUUUUCCGAACCCCUGAGCCUUGGAGAUAAGGUCAAGUUCAACUGGUCGAAAACACAGCGGCUGGAAGGCAUAGUGCGUUUCAUCAGUGUGAAUGCGGAUUUGUGUCAUGAGGAAGCCCGUCGCCUGCAUAGGUUAUCCAGGAAGACACGUAAUUCUGGAUCAUUCCAUGAAAACUCGCCACGGAAAUGCCGGGGGAGGGACCCAGCUCAAAGUCUAUUGAAAUCUCAAUCUCUUCCCAAGAAGCCCAGCAAGGAUUUGAAGCCUGCUCGUAUCACGGAGAGAGAACUUCUGAAGAAUUUCAGUUAUCAGCGAGGUCGCAACAUGAUUGUCUCAGACGGUUCAGAUGUUGAAUCCAAUGAAGAUGAUGUGGUUGUCGAGACCACUGAGGUGGAUUCUGUCUCAUCAAUGAAGAGCAGCGAGAGCAAUCAGGAUUUGCUUUCUAAGUUAAUGAUGAGAUUUGAUUCCGAAAUGCUGAGUAAACUAGCUGAUGGCAAGACUAGUUUGGAGGAUUUGGCAAGCGGCAGGAGUGCUAGCUCUGCGUCCGGAGGCUCGUCUCAGCCCCUCAGCAGCUGCAACAGCUUUAGGACUUCCGACUCUGUUGCGAGACCAUCUGCUAACUCAACACCUCUCACCAGCUCUUCAUAUACUAAGAAGAAACUCUUCAGAUUCCACAGAGUGAUUGGAAAGGUGGAACCAUUUGCUGGACAACAGUACCUGUUCCCCGAGGCGCCACUUGAUCCAAAUGAGGCUGUUCAGUUGUACGAGAACUCAGGAGUCUACUGCUGUGCUCUGCAAUUCUCAAGGGCAGAAUCCGGUUCCUCUGCUACUAUGGUAGCUCGCCGACUGGUUGAGGGUGUUUUCACUAGAGAAGCUCUCUUGUCUUCAUCAGUCUCUGGGCUGCCUCCAAGGGGCAAGGGGAAGGCCGCCUAUGCUGGGCAGGGAGCUACAGCAGUGAAACCAUUUCUAGACCCAAAGGGCAUCAACGCCAUUGUCUGUCAGUCAUUAAUCUUUCAGAAGAAAAAGCAUUUUAUGAGGAAGAAGGAUGAAACCCAAAUUCGUCAAAGCAUUGCUGUGAGGCUAAAUGAAUUACAGAGAUUAGGGAACGCUGAGAACUCUGAGAACAAUUUAUAAUCUUUGAUCAUGUUUGUUUUAGAGUAAUGAUUCUCGUCAAGGUCUUGUCGAGUUUUCUCAUUUGAAGACUGAUUGUAAAUACCUAUUCUAUUAUUUGCACUGCUGGCAUUAAGAAUUCAUGUUUUUUUAGAGUAAUGAAACUCGACAAGACAUUGAUGAGUGUUUUCAUUUGAAGACUGAUAGUUAAUACCUGUUCUAUUGUUAGUUUGCACGACUGGCAUUACAAUUAAUGUUUGUUUUAGAGUAAUGAUACUUGUCAAAGGUCUUGUCGAGUUUUCUCAUUUGAAGACUGAUUGUAAAUAGUCUGUUAUAAGUGUGCACUGGCAUUAAAUGAAUUUAUGACA